AUGGCCCCCGGCAGCUCACGAGGUUUCAACUGUACGUGGGAACGAUGCAACAAGUCUUUCAAUCGCAAGUCCGACUUAUGCAGGCACUACCGCAUCCACACAAACGAGCGUCCAUAUCAUUGUACCUUCGCCAGCUGCAACAAGAGUUUCAUCCAACGCAGCGCGCUAACAGUCCAUUCGCGCACUCAUACGGGCGAAAAGCCUCAUGUGUGCGACCACGAAGAUUGCCGCAAGGCCUUCUCUGAUAUGAGUGUUCAAGCUGAUGAGAUACACAAUCAGUCGUCGAGUUUAGCUCGCCAUCGACGCAUCCAUACCGGCAGAAGGCCGUACAUCUGCCAGGAGCCAGCAUGCGACAGAAGCCGCACUCACCAACCAGGCGCACACACUCGACCAUCCUCCGAGGAGGCGCCGACUCCCGAACACAUUCCCUACCAGCCGCCUAUGAUCACCACCAUGCCGUCUACUAAUCACUACAUCCUCGCGCAACAACCAUACUACCACCCGCAGACUCACACGCCAACCUCGGAUUUCUACCAGACGCAGCACGGGCUCCCUUUCACCCAGGCCCAAGCAAUGAUCCCCCAGCCCAUCCCGACGGCGAACCUGCCGCCUCCACCUUUCGAGCAACAGCACUAUGCGCAGAUGAUGCAGCCUCGAUAUGACCCGCACCCAACCUACAUGCCCCCCGAGUACCAAUCACCGCCUCCUCCAUAUCCCGGCCACCAGCAGCAGCAAAUGGCCGUCGACGCACGUCCAAUGAUGGCUACAUAUCAUGCCGAUCAAUACAAGCCCCCUGCCCGAAUCCUGAGUUCACAGGAGGGUACGGACUGGUCGUUCCUCGGAGUAAGCUGA